AUGGCGGUAAAUGCGCAUACAAGAGGCAGGCGCAAUACAAGGCAAGAGAGCAAAUACGGAAGAACAAGGGUACUCGUUAUUAUUGAUAAGGAUCUUCUGGGCCUGCACGCCAUGAUGGAGUGCCUCUCAAACAUGAUUUUCACACGCAAACAUUUUAUGACAAUGGACUUUUUCCAGAGCAAUUUUUUAUCAUCGUGCUACGAAAUUAUCCCAAAACUGCUCUACAUGCCGCAAAAUCUUCAAAAAAACUUCAUGAUGCGCAGAUAUAACAUGGAGGAAGAACAUGGAUUCAAAUUCCUCAGAUCCAUUAAAAUGUUUAGGAUCUUUUCUGAAACGACAAUUGUUUCUAAGCCGGAUCAACUAUAA